CAGCGUCCGUAUAGUUUCGCGCGCGCGCGCACGCACACGUCCAACGAGCUUGCUGUCACCUUCGCGCGCGCGAGUGUGACGCUUCACAGAGGGAGGGAGGGAGGGGGAGCGUCGGAAUUCUCUGCCAUUCAUUCCGACUGUGCUCGGGCGCACGUCGCGCUCAGAGGUCCUCGUGCCCUGUACACGCGCAGCACACGCGCAGUCGUCCUCAGCGCCGCCGCGCUUCUCUCCCGCAUUUCCCGCUUGCAGCUCGAGACGGUAGCCGCGAUGUUCCUGUGGCGGAGCGCGUGGCAGAGCCUGGCCCCCCUGGCGCGCAGCACCGUUCUGCCCCUGUCCAGAAACGUGGUUCCUUUGAGAUACAUGUCCUCCAGUGUGCCUGGGAGCAGCGGAGGAAACUUUGUGUAUUUUGCCAUUUUUGGUGUGUCCCUCUCUGCAGGAGCCGUAUAUGUAUAUAGAACUCUGUCUUCUGACAAGGCUCGGUUCAAAGAGAGGAUAACUGAAAUGGGAAACAGGCCCAAGGAAGAAUGGAAACCUAAACCCUGGCCACCCAAGGGCGAUUCUGCAGAGUCAGAGGCUGAAGAGGCAAGUGAGACUAGUGAACAAGCAGCUGAAGAAGAAGCACCAAUGGCUGAGGCUGUGAAAGCAGUAGAGCCUGUGGAGGAGGCGGUGGUCGAAGCAGAGGCUAAGACUGAGCCUGUGGUUGAGCCUGAGGCAGCAGUGGAAGCUGCAUUGGCGGAAGCCGUGGAGGAAACCUCCACGGAAACACCUUCUGCAACAGAGGAGGCCAAUGCGUUGAUACCGGACCUGUUAGGGGCUGUCAAAAUGGUGACGGCAGCAGCACCAGCAUCAGAGAUAGUGAAGAUGGUCGUUGCGUCUGUGGAAGAGAUCCCGCAAGCAGCAGUGGAACCCCCUGAGAAGACGGUCACUGUGACAACAGAAGAGUCCAAGGAGAGUUCAGCUGAUGCUCCAGAUCAGACUGCCACUGGAGAGGAGUCUGAUGUAAGAACAGAGCUAGCGGAAACCAAUGGUUCACUGGCAACUGUGGAGGUGGAAGAACCUUGUGUGACCCAGGAGAUGCCUGUGGUCACAGAUGAAACUCUGGCAGAAGAGCAGGUGCCCUCAGUGGUCAAACCAGAAAUUGUGACUACAACAGAAGUACCUGCAGGUAUGAAAACUGAGCCAACAGUUCCUGUAGAAGGUGGAUCAACAGGUGCCAAAGCAACAGAAGAACCUGUUGCUGGUAUGGAAGAAGAAUCUACAGGUGUUACAAUAAUAGAAGAACCUAUUCCUGCUGUACAACAGCUAGAAGUUAUCACAGCCACAGAAGAACCUCUAGUUGUUGUGGAAGAACAGUUUGAAGUUAUCACAGCCACAGUAGAACCAGUAGCUCCUGUGGAAGAAGAACCAGAAGUUGUCACAGCCACAGAAGAACCUGCAGAUAUUGUGGAACUAGAACCAGAGGUCAUUACAGCCAUGGAAGAACCUGCAGUUGCUGUGGAAGAAAAACCAGAGGUCAUUACAGCCAUGGAAGAACCUGCAGUUGCUGUGGAAGAAAAACCAGAGGUCGUUACAGCCAUGGAAGAAUCCGCAGUUGCUGUGGAAGAAGAACCAAAAGUUAUCAGAGCCACAGAAGAACCUACAGGUGUUGUGGAAGAAGGACCAGAAGUCAUCACAGCCACGGAAGAACCUGCAGUUGCUGUGGAAGCAGAACCAGAUGUUAUUGCAGCCACAGUAGAAUCUGCAACUGCUAUGAGAGAACAGCCAGAAGUUAUUACAGCAGAAGAACCUGCAGUUGCUCUGGAAGAAGAAUCAGCAGGUGCUACAGCAGCAGAAGAAGCUACAUUUGCUAUAGGAGAUGACUCAGAUGCUGCUCCAGCAACCAAAGACACUGAAGCUUCUUUGGAGAAGAAUAUAGAUAUGACUACAGGUGUGCCUGCUGUUACAUCAGUUAACACAGCAGUGGCAGACCCCAAACUCAAUAUUUUGAAAACUCUGCAAAUGGGGACCUCAGAGACUACAGUGGAUAUACUGAUGGAUGUUCCAGAGGUGGAAGCAGAAGCAAGCCCUGUGGAGACUGAAGUGGCUUCAUCAAUGGACCCAGAAAUAUCCUCAGCCAUUGAGCCUGAGCCAGCUGUGAAGGGAGCAGUAAGCGCAACCACUGAAAUAUCUCCAGAGGCUUCGCAAGAUACCAACGUCCCAACAGAGUCGCAGGUGAUGGAAAGUUCAGCAGCAGAGCCCAAACAAGCCCCCAUGAGGGAAUACAUAGUAGUUGUGUUGGAGGGUGUCCCUAAAGUACCCAAGACACCAAAGGUUCUAGCAAUUGCCCCACUGAGAGGGAACAACCCACCCCCUGAUGAAGGCAAUUUACCUGCUGCCAGAGCUGGAAAACAAGGUAAUCUGACACCAGUUACUACACUUCUGAACUUAUAAACACAGAUUUAAAGUGGAAAUUAUACCUAAUUACUGUAAUUUUCUGAUGUAUCUUUCUUAUAUUCAUAGAGGCAUCUGCUGGGAGUAUGUGAUCUAGCAGCAGCCGUAAGGUAUAUUUCUCAUUUCCUUGUCCUUUCUCCUGUUACACAUUUCUGUGGUGCUAAAUAUUUCAUGUAACUAAAUUAACAUUCCAAAUUCUGAGAGCUCUGUUUUAUCAAAAGUUUAUAUUUUUUGGAAAAAAUUGGCCACAUUUGACAGGCUGCUUGCUUUACUCAAAAGAGCAUAUAUUCUUUGAUGAUGUGUUCAAUUUUGUUUCCCAAGGUGAAGAGUAAAGAUUGUGACUUUACCACGCUGGGAAAAGAGUGUAUGUGCCUUCCAGGUUUUACCCUGGGACAGAAGUAGUUGGUUAUCCUGAAGAUAAUGCCUCCUUUGUGAAUUUCCUGCAAUUGUCUCACAUCUGUGGACUAAAUGAGGUCUUAUUAACAGGAAUUUGCAAUUCCAUGUAAAAUUUUCAGUUAAAUUUGGACUUUCAGUCUGGCACACAUUCCAAGUAUAUUCCACAAUGUGUAAUCAUGUAUAUUUAAGAAAGGAAAACGUCAUGAAGGAUUCAGUUUUUCAUAAAUCUUUUUUUUAAGGAAGAGAGAUAUGUAUUAAUGUGAACAACUUUAAAGAAUCUAGACGUAAUUGUUUCCUCAUCAGUUCAUAGAUGACAUUUUAUUGAGGAACCAGUAAAAUGAUAUUUUACAGUAUUUUUCUCCAGUGUACCUCGUACAGCAUUCCAGUCUUUCAGCUUUCAUCUGUGCACCAAGGCUGCAUCUCAAGACUGCUGCUUGGAAUUUAAUUUAUACUACAACACAUAUUUUGUUUAUCUAAGGUCAGUUAUAAAAAUGUAAUUUAUUACUCAGAUACAGUAAGCUGGGUACCAUUCCCAAGCACAUUACUACCUCAGUAUUUUUUGCUCCUGGAAUGCAUUAAAUCCUAUACUGGACUACUUUUUUGUUCUAUAAAAGUGUUAUGAACUUAUUUAAAAAUAACUUAUAACCAAAAUGAUACAUUGUCUCAUUUUUGUAAGAAGCGCUCCAUUCUUGUAUUACAUUAUUUCUGAAGGUAUUGUAAACCAGAAAAAUUUACCUGCACAAAGGUAAUGUAUGCUCAGACAUGUUAAAAACUGACACUUGAAGUAUUAAAUAAGCAGGUAUUACCUUUUUCACCUGUGAACAUUUUCCUAGCAAAUAUAGAAACCCUGCAGUGUCUCACCCACCUGCUUUCCACUGGUACAAGAGCUGUGAUCAUUAUUAAGUCUGCUCUGUGCUUCCUGUAUAGAGAGGAAUAUCUAAUAAAAUAUAUUUCUUUCUUUUACAUGUGCUGCACAAACUUCCUCUUUUACAACAGGAUGAGCCAGUCAGUAAUGUAUCAGCAUAGCUAUUUCACCCAAAAUACUGAAAUUAUCUUAAGUUUAGGGUAAUUUUAGCCACUAAUUGAAAACAUCUAAUGGUAUUUUAUUACUGGCUCACAGACCUCUGUAAAGAAGCAGAAUUUAGAAAACAGCCUUGUUGGUUAUAUUCCUAUGUGAUACUGGGGUUAUCGGCUUCUCAUGUACUGUUCAGUAACUUCCUGUAUCAUUUCUUCUUGUCUUUCAUACAGUAUGUUCUUUAAUUCUAGCCCUUCCUUUUAGCAGUAAUUGGGAGGGUGUGAAAAUUAAGUGAAAGUAUUAAGUAGAUGAUUUGUUCUUUUGCAUAUUCCAAUGUGCACCUGAAUAUUCCUCAACACUAUAAUGCUAAAUGAAUAAGAAAAGAAUGAUAUGUUUUUCUGUGUUAUUACUGUAACUGUAUAGGUGUUUAGAAGUUGUCCUGAACUGUGAAUUUAGAGUAUUGUCUUUAGUAAAGAUAAAUAAUAAAGGCAGGAUAAAAUGUAUCUAGUUUUCUUUUUCUCUUGUUUGUGGACCGACUAGUGUGUAAACUGUAAAAAUUUGGAAGGAACCUGAAAAGUUUGCAGGUGGUAUUGCAUCCAGUGACAUAAAAUGUGAUCUCAGACUAAACCAUCUACGUAUCAGUUAUGGCUCCUUCAGAAAUGCCUGUCCUUGCAUGUUGAAAAUGGAAAUACUCUCUUAUCAUGUUUGUUUGAGCACUGUGGCCUCUCUCUCUAAG